GUUGGUGGGUUCAAGGUUGCAGUUCAGUAGGGCUCACUCAUUUGUUAUUUUACGUCAGAAAAUGUCAGACGAUGUUAAAACUGAAGGCAGCGAUGUGUCCUGGACGGACUUCCGAUACAGUACUGCUCCUCGCUUCUCCACCAUUCGAGUCAAUAUGGGCGACAAGGAAAGUGAGAGCAUGGAGGAUGACCUCAAAGAUUACCUCAGAAAGUUGUACCCGGACGUGGCGUACCGGGUGUUCCGGCACGGCUCGCUGCCGGAGCUGCUGGUGGUGCGGGCGGACGACCGGCCGCCCCCGACACCGCGCCACCGCCAGCUGAUCGUGGACGCGCUCUGCGGGGCGGCCGUGCUGCGCGGAGCGGACGUCUACGCCCCGGGCGUGCUGGGCUGUCCGGCCGAGCUGCAGUCCGGUGACGCGGUGGCCGUGUACGCGGACCGGGACGGCCGCUGUCUGAGGGGCCGCACCCAGCCUUACGCCGGAGCCACCACCUUCGUCGGUAACGGCGUGAUGCAGCUGUCCCGACGGGAGCUGUUCACCACCGACAGGCCCAGCGGCGUGGCGGUCCGUGUUACGGAGCCCGUGUUCGGCGCUCCCAGUCUGGGCCCGCUGUGCGGCCGGCGCGCCAUGCUGCAGAACAUUCCGUCCGCGCUCACCUCCCGGGUGCUGGCGCCGCGGCCCGGCGAGCUGGUGCUCGACAUGUGCGCCGCGCCCGGCGGCAAGACCACCCAUCUGGCGCAGCUGAUGCAGAAUCAGGGUCUGCUGUACGCGUUCGACCGGACGGCGGCCAAGGUGGCCCGUAUCGCGGCGCUGGCCGAGGAGCAGCUGCUGAGCUGUGUGCACGCCCUGCGCGCCGACUCCACGCGUCUGCUGUCGGCCGACUCGGCCUGCCGGCUGCGGCGGCGGCACCUGACGGGCGAGCCGUGCCCGCAGCACGCCGACGGACCGUGCGCGCCGCCGUUCGCGCCCGACACCUUCGACCGAGUGCUGGUGGACGCUCCGUGCAGCGGUCUGGGCCAGCGGCCGCGGCUGACGCCGCCCGCCGCCGGCGCCCAGCUGCGCUCCUACGGGCCGCUGCAGCGCCGGCUGCUGGCCGUCGGCGCCGACCUGGUGCGGCCCGGCGGCCGGCUCGUCUACAGCACGUGCACCGUGCCGCCGGCCGAGAACGAGGCCCAGGUGGCCGCUGCUCUGGUGGCACGGCCGCGGCUGCGGCUGGAGCCGGCCGAGCCGCGGCUGGGCGGGCCGGGUCUGCCCGGCCACGGUCUGGACGCCGACCAGUGCGGCCGGGUGCAGCGGUUCGUACCGCAGCCCGAGUCAGACUGCUGCGACCGGGACACCAUCGGCUUCUUCAUCGCCUGCUUCAGCAAGGCAGAGAGCUGACGAACGGCCCGGUGCGUACAAUAAAUUACUAUAUACUGUAAGCAUUCUGUCGCUCUUUUUUCAAAAGGUCAGGCAAACAUUUGGGGUGCUACCGUAUGCUUUAAGCCACCUAACACUCAUUUGUUAAACGCUGGUUGAAGUGACAUUUUCAAACCAGUACGCAAAGACAUGGAUGCUAGUACGACAAAGGCGUUGAUAGCUUUGCUACGGUUGUAUGCUGAUUGAAAGCGUUUUCCUCAUUAAGUCGUCAUAGAGGGCGUCGAGUUACCACUGCAUGGCGAUAGUAGAAUCUGACUUUAUUGGCGACACGUUUAAAAUACAAAUAGACAUAGAGCAA